GGUCUUCAAUAAUUUUUCAGGGCCUUUCAUUCUUGUAACUGUAACGGGCAUCAUAAUUUCUAUGAGCCUUUCAGGAUUUACAAUGGUUAUUCAGUUGAAGAGAAAAAUGUUUUUAAAUGCCCUCAAAAUGUUUGUGGCUUAUCUAGGGUGUAAAAUUUUACUCAUGUGCUUAUGCUAUCCCAGCCAACAGAUGAAAAAUGCAAGCGAGAAUAUUCUUAUUGCAUGUUAUAGCAACCAUUGGUACGAGUUCAAACCCAAAAUUAGAUCUUUACUAUUAGUCAUGAUGAUUCGAGCCUUACGACCUUGUUGCCUGACGGCUUGUCUGGGCGUCCAGGUCAAUUUUAGUACGGUUACAUACGUUGUAAAAACAACCAUGUCAUAUAUAGCAGCCUUGAUGUCGGUUCAAGUUUGA